CUGUGCCAUAUUUGGGCUAGAGGUGCUAGAGUUUUCUCGUAUGCCAGGUUUGGCAUGAGGAAAGGCUGCUGGUAAAACCCGGAACUGAAUGGAACGUUAAGAAGAUGACGAGCCUAAUGAAAUAUCUACGAAAAUGCGGUAUGGUUGUCCUGCUCAGCAUCUGUAUAACACUAGUCAGCACAGAUGACUUUGAAUUUCCUUCGACCAUUUUGCCUGUAGUAGACCGUGAAUACAUACAGCUCGGAAGCUAUCAAAAUGAUUCCUCUUUUAUUGUCAAGUACUGUAACGUGUAUUGUGAUGGACUGCUGAAGAGAACGACCAGGACACGCAGGUUUCAGCCGAUUCCUUGGUGCCUCUUCUGCAGCUGUGACGAAUACUGUGAACUCUUCGGAGACUGCUGUCCUGAUAUUCAUGGACACUUUCGAACGGGCCAACCAUCAGACGACAGUAUCAAACGCCAUACCUGUGUGCAGAACAGUCGUGACGUCAAGGUGAUGAAUAAUCUGUAUGGAAUAGCAAUGCUGCUGUCGUGUCCAGGAACCAUUGGAUCUCCUGAUAUUGAAGACAUUCCAGGGGCGAGUGUCGAGGACAGACGUGAACUAGCCCCUGUCACUUCGUUAGUGACAAACAUGAGUUACUACAACCAGCAUAUUGCCAAAUGCAAUGGAGAGAAUUCUUUUGUUCUCUGGGACGAGGAGGAGGACUGUUCAUCUGGCGCUGGUAGUGGAUUUCACGCUGGUAGUGGAUUUGGGUCUCCCGACGACGUUGACGAAAACGUCUGCCAGUACGCGUUCUAUCUGAAAAGGGGCACAGCCCUACGACUUUGCGAUCCGAUUAUCUAUUCGGAGGCUGUUGACACGUGCAAUAUGAGUGGACUGUGGAUUGAGUUUGAUCCUGAUUUGGUUACCUAUUGCCAUAGCGUGUAUUAUCCAGUUGGGUUGGGAAACACGGUUUACAGAAACAUAUUUUGUUUUCUCUGCAAUGGACUAAAACCUCGGAUGGUGAUCACCGGCACUAAAUUUUUAGAUGGCAUACCAACGUUCCCAAGAAUAACCAUACUAACGCGGUUUAAACAAUGGCCUGUCAUAGACCCAUUCAGUGAACAGACAGCUUGUAAAAGAAAUAGUUUGUGGGAUCCUGCAAAGAAAAUGUGUCGCCAGCUUUACUGCCGGAAUGGAAGAAUUUUGAAAAACAACGAGUGUUUGCCCGUCAGUACUGAUGCUUUUGGUGAUAUAUAUAGCUUUGACGUCAUCCUAAGGCCACGUGACCAUCAGACUAAAAAUGCAGCUCGAGAGUGGACACUUCUCACGGAGAUUAUGAUGUCAUACUUCCAAAUCAAGAUGUCCGAACUGCGUUCAACGAAUUACGUUUUCACUUUCUCGGUGGAUUCCUAUUUAAUUCUGAGACUAUCCUGUAAACUGUUGGUCACAGAACACACGGACAGAAUGGAUCUAGAAGAACGAUUGCUAACUCUAGUGUCUGGCGAGUGGGAAACAACCUUCAUGGGUGAAUAUUACCUGUUUGCGUCAUCCAUUUCAGCUGAAAAUGAUUACAGUUUCAAGGACAAAGCUACCUAUUGGUCAGACCCAGUGUCGGGUAUGUGCUGUAAUUUGGUGUCCAACUCCUUCGAACUGAAGCCCUUGAAUAUGACCCUUACUCCUAACACUAUAACAGUUACCGAGAACUUUGGUUGUCCAUACGUCAAACUGGACGCUAUUGACAUUGUACAUCACACCAGUGGAUGGAUAGAGCUACUUUAUGCUAAUGUUUCUCUUCCCAAGAUGCACGUUUCAUUUUUUCGGUCAGGAGAGGUGGGAGUGUGCAUCGACACGUUGAUGACGGCUUAUAAUGGAUCUGGUUUCGACAACAUUUCUCUAGAAGUAGACAGCGUUGUCGUGGUGCAGAACAUGCUGUCCUUCAUAUGUGUGACCGUUUCACUGUUGUGCCUGGCCUGUACGUUCCUCACUUACUGCGUGUUCCCAAGCCUCCGAACUCUACCGGCCAAGAACAACAUGUUUCUCAUAGCGAACCUCUUCCUUGCGCAGCUGCUGUUUCAGUUUGGAAUUGGGCACACGGAACACAAAUUGGUCUGCGUCAUCAUUGGAAUAGUCAUCCACUACCAGUGGCUGAAAGUCGUCUUGUGGAUGAAUGUGUGUUCGUUCCAUAUGUUCAGAGUGUUCGUCCUCACGCCUGGUCGACCCUCUUGUUCGUUAUCUCCGUCCAACUAUAUUCUUCGCUAUGUGGCUUACACAGAAGUGGUGUCCUUGCUUAUAAUAGGAGUCACUGUCGGAGUGUCUAUGGUCAUCUCGCAAGGUCAAGAUCUUGGUUACGGUGGACACGCCUGUUAUUUGUCUAGCCCAGUUCGUGUGGGAUUUGCAUUCGUGCUACCCCUUUCUAUCGUUCUGUGUUCAAAUAUAUUGUUCUUCGCAGUCACCGUUUAUUUCAUAUCAAAUACAGAACAAAUCGAACGCCAGACAGGAAAAGACCGUCGGAAUGUUUAUGUGUAUGUUAAAUUGUCUACCCUGACGGGAAUGUUUUGGACCGUGUCCAUACUGUCUGAAUAUGUGGAUGUAGAGGCACUGUCGUAUAUAGCCAUUGCUUUGAAUGGAAGUCAAGGAUUGCUGUUAUUCGUGUGCUACGCAUUAAACAGGCGUGUCAUGCCCCUGUGGAAAGGGGCAUGCACGAAUAUAUUUCAAAGAUCUAGUAGAAACAAUGCAAAGAAUACAACAGCAAGCAUCAGUGUUUGAGUUAUUUGGUUUGGCUAUUUGAGGUAACUACAAAAGACUAUUAAAAGGCGAACGUUUAAUUGAUCUUUCAAAAUGAAAUUAUGCAUUUACCUCUUGGGUGAAUGUUCUGGUCGAUUUUGUAAAAUAACUGGUCCCGUUGUAACCACUAUGAAACAUUUUGAUUUAAAAAAAAGUAUGAAUCUUUAUAAAAAAUACCUUACAA